CUAAUCAUAAUACCAAUUAGAUUAAUAUACUUUUAUUAUUUUUUAUUUUAAUUUUAUUUUUAAUAAGAGUACGAAAUAGUAAUAAUAACAGCGUUCAACCAUCAUUAGCGGUUACAACUUGCAACUGCUGACAAAUUUGAAGUUACGCGCUUCUUCCAUUUCUCAUUCGCGUUUUCUGUUUCCACGUUAUGCAGCAGCGGAUUCCAAUGGAAUUUGAGGAAGCCCACAAUAAUUUACGCGCUAUAAGACUCUUAUAUAGGCUUCUCCAAGACAAUAGCAUCGCCUUGCAAAGUUCAAAUUCAAAGGAUUUGGUUGAGAGGGCACGAGAUUUAUUGAAAACUUUGCUGGAUGUUGCUGUUGAAAGUGUUUUUGAGACUCAUUUAAAGACCAUAGAUACACAAGCAGGUAUAUCUAAGACAUCCUUUGAACAAGAAAAACAUGUGGUUGUGCAGGAGUCAAAGUCUCCAGUUUCAGCCAACAUUUCCCAAAGCUCUGUAAAAUAUCCACUUUGCAGUAAAAUGACUCCAGAGAAGGAAGAUCAGACGCAGUUGCCAGAGCCGUCAAAGCUUAGCAUAUCUGAUGAUGGAGGAACAAAAUGUAAAAUACUAUGCAGUAUAGGUGAGGAAAGCAGUAUGAUGCAACAGAAUGCAGUUAAGGCAACAAAUCUAUCUAAUGACAAUGGCGUUUUACCCAACACAGAGAGUAAUCAUAAUAAACAACAGCAUCAUGAUGUUAAUGCUUUAUACGAUGAUGGUGAGCGUGCAAAAGAAUCGUUACGCAUGUUUGAUGCAAAAGAUAGCGAGCAAAAUGAGGAGAAUAAUAUAUCAUUGAUGAGUAGAAUUCAUGAAGCCCAAAGCAAUUCUAAUGCUGCCAGACAGGUUGAAUAUUCGGAUCAGAAGGGUGAUUUCUCUGGUGAUUUGGUUAAUGCGAUCAAAAGAAUUGAGUCUCGGAUUUUGGCUUUCAAAAUUUGUUCAAAUUUAGUGAAUUCCAGUAAGAGCAGUGCAGGUCAUCAUACUACGCAUGAGGCAGCAAAUUCAGACAGUCCUGUAAUACAGAGAAUCAAUGGGGCUUCAGGAAGUCAAUUGAGUUGUGGAAAGUCUCUAUUGGAAGGACAUAGGUUGAUGAGUCAGAAGACAUGUAAACCAAGUUCUAAGGGUGAAAAUUUGGAUUCAGCAAAUGCAUUUGAGGAACCCUAUUUUGCUGAACAUGAAUCAUUGAGCCAAAGUAAGAUGGCAAAUCAGAAUUAUUGCCUUCAUCCUAGUGCAGAAUCUGCAAAGAGCAUUGAUGUACCAAAGCAGAUUGGUACCCAGAUGGUAUCAGGAGGAGAGUGGUUGAGAAGUCAAAAUAGGAUUCAAAGUUCAGAAGAAAGCAUAACUGUUAUAGACAGAGCUAAAUCAUUGAAUAGGUUAGUUAACGCCGAUGCCUAUUUUGGGAGUCAAGCUAGUGAGUGUAUUCAAGGUUUUAGGGUCCCUUUGAAUCAAGAUGGUCAUACUAAGAAGCAUUUCAUGUUAGUAAGUAAAACAAAUAGGGAAAGUAUGGUAAGAAAAAAUCCAGUGGCUUGGUCAAAGACUGAUCAGAAUCGAAAGGAAAUGAGGUCUGAAUCUUCCUAUGCACAGAAGUCUGCACGAUCCAAGUCCAUUAUUGCAAGGAGAGAAAAGCCACCACCUCAUCAGAUGGUAAUGAAACCAACUCUAUUGGACCAGAGAUCCAGCGAGAUUAAGGUAAACUCCCAUCAACACAGAGACUCUUCAGUUUUGGACAACAGAAGAACUCAUAAGACUGGUCAUCUUGAACCACAGAAGACAAGGGCUCUACCACAACAUCAUGAACUGGAGGAGUCAAGCUCAAACUCUGAUUCUUCUCGCUGGAAUUCUCUGCAAGGCAGUGCCAGUGAUUCUGAGGAUUACUCCUUGCCAGAUGGAACACAGUGUUCCCCAUUAGGAAGGAUGGUGGAUGCAGCGUAUGAAGGCAGUUCAGAAGAGAGUAACAAUUCAUAUCUCGAUAAGGAUGAUGGCCCUUCUCAUAGAUUUGGCGGUUUCAAAUCUAAUAGGCAUCACCGUGAAAGGAAUUCUAAGGAAACAAUUGGGAAACUAAGGAGGCUAAAAAAUAAGUUGGGACUAAUCUUUCACCACCACCACCAUCAUCAUCAUCAUCUUGAUGAUGAUCAUGGUAACACUCAUUCUAGAGCAGGUCAUAGACAUGGCAUGUGGAAUUACUUGCAGAAUGUCUUCCACCAUAAAGACAAGCAUGGGGUGCUAACAAAAAAAGAUGAGAAGACAAGGAGAGGGGCUGCUGUUGCAAGAGCAUUGCCUCAGAAAAACCAGGUUGGGAAGUUUCAUAGACUUGUGGAAGGGGUCCUGAGACACAUCCAACAUUCAAAGAAACCAAAGCCUUCCAAGCUUGAUGGGGUGAAGCAUAGAACUAGUCAGAAGAAGUUGCUUUGGUGGCAAAUCCUUCGACGACACAGGGGAGUGAAGCUGAAAAAUAAAGGCCGAGUUAAAGUGGGAAUUAAAAAUCACUAAAGAACUUUUGAGUUAGGGUGCGCACUAGAAUUUCUUCCUGGCCUCACAACUAUUGCCUUCCAGCUUAUGGUAUUCAAGCUACAAUCAGAUUGCCAGAACAGGUAUAUCCUCUGAUUUUCUUAUAUUUUUCUGAAUAUUUUGGCUCUGUUGAAUGGGCGUUUUCUGAUGCUUGAAAUUCAAUGGAUAUGACCUGGAGGUGAUGCAGGAUUUUGUCAGUGCAGGUUUCGUAAGUGCAUGGUGAUCCUGGAUUUCUUAUUAUGUACGCACCAUUAUAAUGGAUAUGUUUGUUAUUCUGGGUACUCAUAGCAGUGUCAUUGCCUUUUGUGUUUAUUUGAAAAAUUUUAAAGGUUUGGGCUUGGCUUUAGAUAUUACCUUAGCUUUCCACUAAGAUAGAUCGAGUAUUUGAAGUUGGUAACAUGUUUCUCUAAACCAGGGUUUAGUGUUGCAUAUUUUACUUCAUAUUUUAAAAUAUGGAUUUAGCAAUACCAACUUCAACUUUGGUUUAGACCACUUCAUCCAAGUUCAUUUAAUUUUGGUCACAGGAUAUAUUGAUAAUUUAUUACAGUUGCCAAUAUUCUAUAGAAUACUUAAGGUGCAACAAAAAGCAUGACACCUUUUUAUUCUUUAACUGCUAUAAUUAUGUUCUACGCUCCCUAGUUGCAAACAAAAUAUGGUUUGGAAGAACAUAAACAGUUGUUUAAUACUCUAAGGACAUAUUGUUUAGUACCCUAAUUUGUACGAUGUCAACUGUGGAAGGAUAGGAGAUAUUUAACCUUGUUUGAUUUGAAUGAAGGAUAAGAGAUAAAAAAGGAAAAGAAAGAAAACACGUUUAUCGAGUUUUUUUUCUCUUGUUUGGUGUACAAGAAAACAAAAGAGAAAAGAAAAAGGAAUAUGUGGUCCAGUUCCACAACAAAAUUCUUGACUUCUUUAUAUUAUGCUGGCAUAAGUUUAUUAUUAUUAUUACAAUACCUGAUGUUUGUUUGGUAUCAUACCUGGAUGUAUUUUUCCUAUACCUUUCCAAUAGAUCAGAUUGGCAGAGAUGGAGAAAUUGUAAUUUGCUUACCUGGAUGUUGUACUUUCUGAUAUUUGGAUAGACAGUGAAGAGGUAAUUUGCAAUUUGAUUUGUUUCUAUUCUCUCUUCCUUUCCUCUAGCACCUAGUUAUUAUUAUGUAGCUUCAUUUAAUCUUGGAAUUGUUUCUUCGUAAAGAAGGUUUUGAGAAAGCUAGAGACUGUUCCGGAUGGUUUUGAAAGUGUGGAAGUGAUUCCUUAUUUGUUUUCACGGGAAACUUCUCUUCUCGACCAUGUAACCUCGCAUUUAAUUCUUAUUCGAGCCUCUGGUGAAUUUCACUUGCUAUGAUUAUAUUUAGUUCAUUAACAGUGAUAACUAGAAGUCUGGAACUAGGUGCUGGGAUCAGAUCACAUUAUUUUAUGUGUUAUUAUAAUAAUUAGUAUGAUUAGUUCUAACAAAAAUCAUUGUCAUUAUUUGUUGCUUUAGAAAAGGAUAUUUUAUUGUGUUGUGUAAGGUUGAAAAAUAUUAUAAACCUUAAUAUGCAGAAUGCAGUUUGGUGAGCUGGGGCAAAAUAAUUCUCGCCCAUCCACAGCUAACAAAGCACAGUAAAUUUCUGUUUAUUCCAGGUCCUGGUGAUGCAGGUCGUUGUACAUCUCUUCCUAAGCGUGCUUGUUGGGAUGCAAGUAAAAUCUCACAUCAUUCAAACAAGAAGAUGGACAUAGAUUAUAUAAUACGAUUAUCUCUAUUGGUAGAUAGAUCUUUUGGGUAGAGCCAUGUGUAUGUGUGUGCAAACCCCGUGCACAACAGUGCUCUACCAAAAUAUUUAACUGAGGAGCUCCUAAAGCACAUUCCUAAUGCCAUAUUUCAUAGCAAUCCCAAGAAAUAGUAUUUUUCCGUCAGGAUUUGCUGCAUAAAAUGCGUGGCUCAUGUUUGAUUCCUCCUUCUAUGGAAGAAACGAUGAUCAUUUUCAGCAUUUUGUUGCUACUAUGACACAUCAGAGUCACCUGUGUCCGCUCCCUUUAACUGUACAAUCCAUCAUCUGGAAUUACCUCCAUUGCCUUCAUCUUUAUCCAUCUCCACACACGAUAGUGUUAGGUGAUAUAAGUCAGCAGAAAACUUUCAAGUACUCCGGAAUCUUGUUUUAAUAGCGGUUCUUUUGCAAUUGACAGCAAUUUGUGACAUACCUUCCUUCUUCUCAAGAAGUUGAAUUGUCAGUCUUGUAAACUGAGCAUAGUGUCAUCUUCUAACCAUGAACAUCUCAGACUUCACUAUUCUUUCAUCGGAAUUGUUGGUUUCUCCUCUUGGAAAACGUAAUUAUAUUGUUUCUUAUA